AUGUCUAGCUCCUCCAAAGUCCUCACUGUUCGCGGAUUCCUCGACAGGACAGAAAACAACGACGUCGACGGUGCCCACCAAUACGUAACGGACGACUUUGUCUACGAGGAGUCCAAGCCCCUGGCCUUUCUUGGAGAGGGUCAUGAGGAUGAAGCUGUGCUCGACCGAGUCGGUUACAAAGCUCAUCUUGAGAAGAUUUAUAGCCAUAUUACAUACAAGGUCGCCAUAGACAAUAUUACCGAGAAUCCUCAGGCUGGAAAAGUCAUCGUCCACAUCAAGUAUCAACCGACAGUGAUAGCGUCACCGCCGAUGCCUCCCUAUGCUGGGGAAGCUUCGUUCAUUGGUGAAUAUAUGUUCGUCGGUGACAAGAUCAGUAAAGUGAAGGUGAUGUGGCCCCAAAGUUCGGUCCCCCCAGUGUGA